AAUAUACUGUAAUGAAAUUAUUAUUCGAUUGUACAUUGUACAUAAAUAUUAGUAUUCGAUUAAAUAACAAAUAAAUAAGUCGUAUUAAAUUGCGACAAACCAUACAAUUAUUAGCUAUGGAACGUUUGCAGGUAGAAAAUGAAUUAAAUACAAUUGUAGGUGGAGGUGCGUUUGGUAAAAAUUGUAACUUAGUGUCGUUCAAAUUAUAUAAAUGUAUGACUGAUAUGGAUGAAUGGUGGUAUCAAAGAAUAUUUUGUAGCGUUUUGACUUCGGACGGAGCAGAUUAUAAUAUUAUGAUCAAGAUAAAAAUUCAAGACUCGGUACUGCGUGGAUGUUUUGGAUGUGACGUUUUGUUUUAUAAUGAAUUAUUUUUUUACAAAAAAAUCAUACCGUUUUUAUUAGAGUGCCGAGGACCAAUAGUUAAUGAUUCAAAUACUCUAUUUUUACCACGUUUUUUUUAUGGUCGUAAUAAUUGUAGUGAAUUGGUGACAAAUGAUUUAAUUGUUAUAGAAAAUAUUAACACUCUAGGAUACUCAUAUUGUUCAAGUAACGAGAAAGUGUUUCUGGAUAUUGAUCAUUUAACAAUUGCACUUCAGACAUUAGCAAAGUUUCACGGACUGUCGUACAACGCCAAGCACAGAGACACUUCGAAAAUUCGCGAUAUCAUGAAAAACGUUUUCGACACGCACAUGGACGUGGACGGGCAUUGGAUGGCCCAGAACGACCUGUUUAAAAAGUGCGGUAAACGAGGGAUGGACCGGCUACUGAAACGGGACGGUGACAGGUACCGGAACCACGAGCACAUCGGACGAUUGGGCGAGUUGUUCGACGACGCUCAGACGGUGCUGAUGCGGACGCUCGACGCCCGGGAACCACUGUCCGUCAUAUGUCACGGCAAUUGGUACCGCGACACGCUGUUGUUCCAGUACGACGAGCACAGACGUCCGUUCGACGCUACGGCCAUAGACUAUUCGACGCUACACUACGGAUCGCCGGCGCUCGAUCUGUCGUCGUUUCUGUACAUGUCCACCACGCAGCCGGUGCGCGAGGCUCACUGGGACGACUUGCUGGACGCGUACUGCGUCGCACUGGCUGGGUCCGUGUCGCCCGGCGUACGCGUCCCGUGUCGCGCCGAAAUCGACGCCGAGCUGGGCGAGGUCGCCGUCGGCGGUCUGGCGACCGCCGCGUUCGUCCUGCCGUUCGUCCUGCGCGACAGGAGCGACCUAACGUUGGAAACGUCGAUGACCAGCGACGACCCGGUGGAGUACUUUCUGGCGCUGGGCGGCGACGUGGCGACCGAAUACUUGGCCGACGUCGUAAAGCAUUUUGUGGACAUGGGCUACGCGGGACGUUGCGGACACUCGUCUAAUCCGGUCGAGAAUACAAACCCAAAAUGUUCGUCCGCAUAGCAGAGUCAGACUGAUUUUAACGUCUUGUUCUUUAUAUUUUACAGUAUAAAUUAAAUCAAAUUAAUUAUAUAAUGUAAAGGUAUACUGCAGUUGUCUGAUCGGUGUCCUUAGACUGUAUUAUUAAUAUCUUCAUUCCAUUGUUUGAUAUGUUAAAAUUAAGUCUUAAUUAUUGUGACAUGGCCACACGUCAUGGUCAAACGCCAUCAUUUUUGUAUUAUUAAUGGACUUUUUUUUAUUUUAUUUUUUUGUUUCACGGUAUUUGAAUAUAAUAAUAAUGAAAGUGUAUUACUAUUGCAUUAUAACAUUUGUACUUAUUAAUAGAUUUUUAAUUGUAUUGUA